AGAAACUCCCACUUGCUCGCCGAGAGAAGGUAGAGAGAUUCACAGCUGCAGCUCGGCCGAGAAGGCGAGAAUACGAUAACGGCGAAGAACAAACCCUACUUCACUAGUCCAUUCCGAUUCGAUAUCACAAUCUCUACAAACUAUUUGAAAUUUUGAAUUCUCAUGGAUGUAGCAUCCAAAGUCUCACUUCUUAAUGGCUCAGCGUUCAUCACCAGCCCGAAACGCCCGGCUUUUCUACUUCUCCGUAACCAGCAUAUCACACUCUCCUCCCGGAGUUUCCCUGCGAACCUGCAUUUCUCUUCUCGAUAUCUUACCAAUUCCAUCCGUCUUUUCGAUGAUAGAGGCCGUUCCAGAUCUGUUGUCGCCAAGGAGAGUGAUGAUGUUUAUGGAGUUGAAGGCUCAAUUACGAGUGCGAAUUCAGGUUUUUCGGAGGUUUUUCUAAAGCGAGGGUUUCUGUUAGCCGCCACUGUUUUCGGUGUUCUUGUGUUUUGGAGCCGGGGAGUUUUUGCGUCGGAGGGUGUUGUGAGUGCCGGCCAUGGGUUUACGGGACAGAAUAUCAUCUUGUUGAAGGGUUCUUGGCCGAAGGCGUUGCAGGUUCUUCGGGUUUUCAAGGAGCAAGGCUUAGUUUUGGCUGUGCUGCUGGGGCUUUCUGCCUUUUUCUCUAUGGCCGAGACUUCCAUUACCACGCUUUGGCCUUGGAAGGUGAGAGAAUUGGCUGAAAAAGAGCCUGAGAAUGGUGUCUUCAAAAUGCUUCGCAAUGACGUUACUCGUUUCCUGACAACUAUACUUAUUGGCACCACUGUGCUAAACAUUGGCGCAACUGCACUUGUCACAAAGGCAGCAACAGCAGUAUUUGGCGAAGCUGGUGUGAGUGCAGCAACUGGAGUGAUGACUGUUGCCAUUUUGCUUCUCACUGAAAUUACUCCAAAAAGUAUAGCAGUUCAUAAUCCCACUGAGGUUGCUAGAUUUGUGGUAAGGCCAGUGGCGUGGCUUUCCGUAAUAUUAUAUCCUGUGGGAAGAGUUGUUACGUAUCUAUCAAUGGGAAUGCUAAAAUUGCUCGGUCUGAAAGGAAGAAGUGAACCAUAUGUUACUGAGGAUGAAUUGAAAUUGAUGUUGCGAGGAGCAGAGUUGAGCGGGGCUAUAGAAGAGGAAGAACAGGAUAUGAUUGAAAAUGUGUUGGAGAUAAAAGAUACACAUGUCAGAGAAGUAAUGACACCUCUUGUGGAUGUUGUUGCCAUUGAUGCCAGUGCAACACUUGUUGAUUUUCACAACUUGUGGGUGACUCAUCAGUACUCCAGGGUGCCUGUUUUUGAGCAACGGGUUGAUAAUUUAGUGGGUAUUGCUUAUGCUAUGGAUCUUCUAGAUUUUGUUCAGAAGGGGGAGCUACUAGAAAGUUCUGUUGUCGGAGAUAUGGCUCACAAACCUGCAUAUUUUGUCCCUGAUUCAAUGUCAGUCUGGAACCUUCUUAGAGAGUUUCGCAUCAGGAAGGUUCACAUAGCCGUUGUUCUUAAUGAAUACGGUGGGACUGUUGGGAUAGUGACCUUAGAAGAUGUGGUUGAGGAAAUUGUUGGAGAAAUCUUUGAUGAAAAUGAUUCAAAAGAGGAAAUCCAGAAAAAAACUGGCUAUAUUGUAAUGCGAGCAGAGGGAAUAUAUGAUGUGGAUGCAAACACAUCAAUUGACCAACUUUCUGAAGAUCUCAACAUCAAAAUGCCUGAGGGUCAUCAAUAUGAGACAGUGUCAGGUUUUAUCUGUGAGGCAUUUGGAUAUAUUCCAAGGACUGGUGAGUCCAUAAAAGUGGCACUUGAGAAAGCAAAUGAAGAAGAGCGUGAAUAUAAUGAAGCAGAAGCCGACCACCGAGAUAAAAAUAAAAUGCAUCUCACUUUUAAACUCGAGAUAUUAGAAGGAAAUGCCAGAAAGGUGAGUGCAGUUCGGUUUGAACGGGUAAACCAUGAUGAUUCAAUAUUGGAGGCAAAGGAGGUGACUCGUUUAGUUCCUAAAAUCAUGAAAAGGAAACGGAGUGGCAUUGGAGACUCAGAAAGGACUGACUAUGAUGAAAUGCCAUACCAAAAGAGGAUAGAUGAUGACUUUUCCAAUGGCUAUGUUGUUAAUGAACAAAAUGAAUAUGGCCAUGAGCAUCAGAGUAAACAGUAGUUGCAUUAUUCACACACUUCCCAUUCUUACAACAAUAUAAAGGGUUUUAAGCAGUGAAAACAUCAUAAAAACGGGAGUAAGCAAAUAAACUGAUACUGGUAAAAUUUUCAGAGAUGAAGAGAAGUGUCAAUAUCUGAGUCCUCAAAGUUGCUUGGUCUGUACAUGACUGUCUCUCUGUACUGUGAGUUUGCUGAGGUUGGAUUCUCAAAGGACUGGAGAUCAGAUUGCCUCCUUUGCAAAUUAUGGUGGAGGGAGGUGGAAGAACUUUGAAGAGGCUGCCUGGGUGGAACAAUUAGUUCAGAGUGGAAAAAUAACCUGGAUGGGUCAUUACAUGUGGUUGAACCAAUGCGUUGGAAUUCAGUUCGCUGUCGCAAGAGUUCCCUCUCCUCUCUGAUCUCCUUAGCUCUCUGCAGCUGUCUGAACCUCUCUUGCAGAAGAGCAAUGGAGGAAUGACUGACAGGUGAGUCGCCUUCCUUCCUGCUCAUCUUAGAUUAAGAACUGGAAAUGGUUGUAUAGAGGUCCUUUUAAUGGUUCUUGAAAUGGCUAUAAGCUAUAGCCUAUUAUAUAUAUAAGGGGGAUCCCUGUCACUUGAAACCCAUUCAUGCACGCAUAUGUAGCUACUGUAGUAUGUCGUCUUUUUUUUUUUUUUUUUUGGUAGGGAGCUACUGUGGUAUUUCUUAUGCAUAAACAUGUGUGUGUAAUUUAAAAAAUGGGGGGGGGGGGGGGGGGGGGGGGAGGAUCAGCACCAAUUAUAGGAUGCAACGUCCAAGAAGGAAAAGUUACAAUGGUAAUUUUAGGAGUGUAGGAUUUGAUGAAGAGGCAAAAGGGGGCUAAGAGAGGCAGAAAAGGGUGGGGGAGAAAGUCCAAGAAAAGCUGGAGUGUAGCUUUUGGAAAGGCUUCUUAGUGUGGAAUAAAAGGGAAGGAUGGUAUUUACUCUGUCGGCUGUUGGGCUUUGGAGAAGAUGGUGCCCUUUUUGGUUGGUUUUUGGAGGUAUGCCUAUAAUUUCUUUUCUUAGCUUUUAAAAGAUUUACCCUAUUUUGUUUUGGUUUUGGAUUGAGCAAACAAAACAAGAAAGAGGGAAUAAAUUAUGGGGCUUCAAUGUUUUAUCUAGUUGUUUUGGGGGCAUCUGUCUUUUUUAUCUCUUAUGAUUAUAUCAAGUUUCUUGUGAUUAGGGUCCUCCUCUCAUAGUUUGGAUUAAAACGGGAUAAGUAUGUUUUGGGUGUCAAUUUAGGGCAUAAAAUGUUAUAUAAAUUGUUAUGCCAAAUGUAGAGGCAGGUUUUCUUGUUUUUUGCCUUUAUUUUCUAAAUUAGAUCUGUUGAGAAUAGUGUUUGUUUUGUUUUAUCCUUUUUGAUCUUAUUAGAAGAGGAUUUAUUUGUGUUAAGAAGUUGAGCUUCGAAGACACUGUUAAAAUGUGCUGAGAAGAGGAGUUGUUGGUGGAAGGGAGGAGGAGAGGUGGGGGUGGGGGAACACUGUGAGAAGAGUGGAAGAUAGCGAGCGACCAAAAGUACAAAAGGAAAGAAUCAUGGAAGAAAAGAACACAAGGAGCCAGGCGAAGAAGGUGGAGGAGGAGGCAGGCAAGCAGGCAACAAUACAAUGCCCGCCAAAAAUCUUACUGAUUUUAAAGAUGGGAUUUGUGGUGGAUGGAUGUUAUCUACCCCUUUGUUUCUUUGGUUCUGUCGUGAGGCAACACUCUUCUUCUCCUUUUUUUUUUUUUUUAUUUCUUAUGGAUCUGACUUUUUCCCAUUCUUCCAAUGCUUCAAUUCUUUUCUUUCAGCAUCUCUGUAUCAAUAGCAUUUUAAUAUCAACAACAUAUCCAUUUUGAAACCCCAACCCCCACCCCCGCCCCCGCCUCGAAAAUAGGUAUGAUAGUCUUAAACAAGAUAUCAUGUAUCUUGAUUUCAUCAAAGAUGUUACAAAUAGAGAUUUUUGUUAUUUUAGAAAUUAUAUAAUCGAUCUCAUCGAAUGAGAUUAAUACUCACAAUUGUUCAAGUUUUAGAGUGACCAAUGGAAGAGUGACCUUUACUUGUUUGUACU